GGGGGCUCGUCUGACCCUGAACCAGGAAACACUAGCUGUGCAGCCUGUGUGUGAGAGGUGACAGGAGCAGCUGGAUUAUCAUGAGGCUCCUCACUAGUCUAUGGAAGAUUAGCAGAAUCCCCCUCCAGACUAACUUGCCAGGAAAUGUUUCCUAUGGAAUAUGGAGGUCAUCUGGAGUUAUUUCAGGAGGACGCUAUACAUAUGGAACACAGUCUGACGGACCUAGAUCUGUCAGUCGCUAUCCUGUACCAUACAAAAAAGACUUGCCCUAUGAUAUGGUGGAAAUAAUGGAAGAGGUAGAGAGAAAGGGUGGCUUUUUACCAAAUAUUUUCAAAGUUAUGGCACACCGGCCCAAUGAGUUCAGAGCAUUUUUUGCUUAUUAUGACAUCAUUAUGAACAAGGAAAGUGGAAAUCUUUCCAAAUCUGACAAGGAACUAAUCAUUGUAGCCACCAGUGCAAACAACAAGUGUCCUUAUUGUGUAACUGCUCAUAGUGCAUUACACAGAAUCUAUUCCAAGAAAAGAACAUUAGCCGACCAGGUCAUCGUCAAUCCUGAGCUCGCAGAUCUCAGCCCUCGAGAACGGGCCAUUCUGGAGUUUGCUUUGGCAGUUGCCAAGCCAGAAAAUAUAACUGAAGAGCAUUUUAGCAAACUUGAGGAACAUGGUUUUGAUCGUGAAGAUGCAUGGGAUAUAGCUAUGGUCACUGCAUUUUUUGCCAUGGCUAACCGAAUUGCUCACUUUACUGACUUGCGACCAAAUGAAGAAUUCUAUACAAUGGGGAGACUUCCCAAGGAAACCUCUGAGGAAUCAAAAUAAGAGUUCUGUUACAAAACAGCUUCAAAUUAUAUGGGCAAGUGGCCUUGUGUGAAUUCACUGAUAAACUGUUACUACUCAGGUAUUGGCUAAUCUAAAAAAAUAAAUAAAAUCUAUAUAUAAAUUUGUGUUUGUACAUUUUUGCACUAGAACACUAAUAUCAAUAGUCUGUGUCAAAAUGUACAUACCGUAUUUAUCUUACAAAAAUUACAUAAUAUUUUCUUUUUUUAGUAAAUAUAAUUUCAUUAGACAUCUGUAGCAAUCUAAAUACAUCUAGUCGAAAAACAUAUAAAUUAGUUAUGUUUUUUUCAGAGAUUAUUAUGUUACAACGCUACACAUAAAUUUGCGAACUACAUGGAUGAACCAGGGCCACCAGAAUGGGAGUCCGGAGGAGGGACCCCACUCUAUGAUGUCCUUUUUCCCUCACAGGGCAUAUAUAAUGAUACUGUAUUCAUCAGACAACCCAUUUAUGGAAAACCUUGCUCAUAAGUAACAGCCAUUUGAAAGGAUAUUUCCACCCAAAAUCUGGAAACUCGGUAAUUUUAUUUUCCAUUGCUGCUGCCAUUUUUGCAAAAAUGACAACUAGAUCACACAAUGAUUGUCAUUUUUGAACCUUUGUCACACAGGGUAGAUUUACUUUAAAAAGGGGUUGUCUGCUUUUUACUACUGAUGACCUAUCCUAAGGAUAGAUCAUCAAUAUCAGAUCGGUGAGGGUCUGACUACCGGCACUCCUAACUAUCAGCUCCUGUUUACCUGCUCACUGCAUCUAUUGCAGUGGUUAGCAGGUGUAAUUACAAGUAAGGGCUUCCCAUUCACUUCUAUAGGACUGCUCUGUCUGUUCAAGUGAAUGGGGACGCCAUACUUGUAAUUACACCUGCUCACCACCACAAUUGCUGCGCCGAGCAGGUAAACAGAGCAGAGAAGGCAGCACCUGUACAAGAGCAGCCGAUCGGCAGGGUUGCCGGGAGUCGGAGCCUCGCCGAUCUGAUAUCGAUGACCUAUCCUAUCAUCUAGGUCAUCAAUAGUAAAAAACGGACAAUCUCUUUAAGGCCUCACGCACAUGACUGUAUAUGUUUUGCGGUCUGCAAAUCACAGAUCCGCACAGCAUAGAUACCAGCUGCAUGCAUCCCACAUUUUCCCAUUCCAUGGGUCCGGCACUAUGUUACAAAUGGCUAUUCUUUUUUGUGGAGCCACAUAAUGGACAUACAGAUGCAGACAGCACAUGGUGUGCUGUCCACAUCUUUUGCAAUGAAUGGGACUGCAUCCGAUCCGCAAAAAAUGUGUAUCGAAUACAGACCAAAAAUACGGUUGUGUGCAUGGGGCCUAAUUUUUGUAUGUGUUUUGGGUGGGAGUGCGGUAGGCAUUUGUUUUCGGAAAUAAUGCCUUUUGCUUGCCCCCAAUAGAUAAAAUAAAAAAAAAGCUACUGAAGCCCUUUAC